GAGACUGUCUGCAACUUUGGAGAAGCGACAAUAUGGGGUUUAUAAGUAAAACUUUGUUACUUUGUGUAGAAGUAUGUAUGGGCUGUGUGAGAUUAUGCGUGACAUGCGUGCCUGUGGGAUUGUGAUUGUGUAGUGGAUGAUAUAACUGAAUAUGUCUAAUUUUUGAAGUAUUUUGUGUGCACAAUCCAAAGUGACUAUGAUUGUGGCUCAUUGUGUGGGAUGAAGUGCUUGAGAAAUUGGAUGUGUGACUAGUUAAGUAUGUAUUGUUUAGAUUAUCUAAACAUGGGCCAUUUUAUAUGCUUCAGAAUUUGACUCUGUGGCAAUUAGACAAGUAGAAUAAAUAGAGAUUUUAAAAAUGGAGGGGAUGAGAUAAAAUUAAAAUGAUUUUCAGAUGGCAGGAUAGUAUAUUGGGAAACCCCAUAUGGACUAUCCAGAAUGUUCACUGUAGUAAUCAGUACUUCAAACUCUCUCUCCUCCUGGAAGCUUGCAGUGCUUCCAGUUUCUUCUCUAAUUUCUCAACCUCUAUUUUGUCUCUACUUCCUCUAGGUGGGUAGUCUCCAGCUGGAAUGGAUUGGGAACUGGAAAAGGGAAGAGACGUCAGGGACAAGAAGAGGCUAACAUGACUGGUACUAUUAUAAUUUAGUGUAAGUCGUCUUUUACCUUCUGAAAGAACCUCCUGCUGGGAACUUCCGGAGAUACACUGCCCUUCUGGGCACAGACACUUCUCCAGCUGCCUCUUCAGUGCUUCCUCUGGGCAUGCAGUGGCCCACCUGGCUGGUCUGGUCUCUCCAGUUAGUCCUCUUGGACAGGAUCCAAGCCAGCCUAGACAGGCUCCAUCCAUGGGUUCCCCAUCCAGAGCUCAGGAACUGCCCCUUUUCUAAAGAGGAGCCCAAAGGAAGACUGGUCAUCUUUUGCAAAUCUCAAAACCAUGGCUCAGGGAUCCGUGUCAUUCAAGGAUGUGACUGUGGACUUCUCUCGGGAGGAGUGGCAGCACCUGGAUCCUGCUCAGAAGACUCUAUACAUGGAUGUGAUGUUGGAAAACUAUUGCCACCUUGUUUCUGUGGGGUGUCACAUGACCAAGCCUGAGGUGAUCCUCAAGUUGGAACGAGGAGAAGAGCCAUGGACAUCAUUUACAGGUCAUACCUGCUUAGAAGAAAAUUGGAAAGCUGAAGACUUUUUAGUGAAAUUCAAGGAACAUCAAGAUAAGUAUUCUAGAUCAGUUGUAUUCAUCAACCAGAAAAAGCUGAUUAAGGAAAACAGUAAUGCACAUGAGAAGACAUUUACUAUAAGCAAAAACUCUGUUAAUUCAAAAAAUCUACCUCCUGAAUAUGAUACUCAUGGGAAGAUUUUUAAAAAUGUUUCAGAAUUAAUCAUCAGUAAUCUAAGUCCUUCAAGAAAGAGACUUAGUGAGUAUAAUGGAUAUGGGAAAUCACUCCUCAGUAGUAAGCCAGAGACAGCUCACCCUGGAGUCAAAUCCCAUAAUCAGCAUGGCAGGGUUGUCAGUCAUAAUGAAGUGCUUAUGCAGUAUCAUAAGAUGGAAACUCCAGCACAGUCAUUUGGGUGUAAUGACUGUGAGAAAUCUUUCCUUAAAAAAGGAGACUUAAUUACACCUAAUAGAGCUUACAGAAGGGAAAACCCAUCUGAAUAUAAUAAAAGGAGAAGAGCAACAAAUAUUGAAAAAAAACAUACAUGCACUGAAUGUGGGAAGUCCUUCUGCAGGAAGUCAGUAUUGAUUCUACAUCAGGGAAUUCACACAGAAGAAAAACCCUAUCAAUGCCAUCAAUGUGGAAAUUCAUUUAGAAGAAAGUCAUAUCUCAUUGAUCAUCAGAGAACUCACACAGGAGAGAAACCCUUUGUUUGUAAUGAAUGUGGUAAGUCCUUCCGCCUAAAGACAGCCCUCACUGAUCAUCAGAGAACACAUACAGGGGAGAAAUCAUACGAAUGUCCACAAUGUAGGAAUGCCUUCAGAUUGAAGUCACACCUGAUUCGUCAUCAGAGAACUCAUACAGGAGAGAAACCAUAUGAGUGUAAUGACUGUGGGAAGUCCUUCCGCCAGAAGACAACACUCUCUCUCCAUCAGAGAAUUCAUACAGGAGAGAAACCCUAUAUUUGUAAAGAAUGUGGGAAGUCCUUUCACCAGAAGGCAAACCUUACUGUACAUCAGAGAACUCAUACAGGGGAAAAGCCCUAUAUUUGUAAUGAAUGUGGGAAAUCCUUCUCCCAGAAGACAACCCUUGCUCUUCAUGAGAAAACUCAUAAUGAAGAGAAACCCUACAUUUGUAAUGAAUGUGGGAAGUCCUUCCGCCAGAAGACAACCCUCGUAGCACACCAGAGAACACAUACAGGAGAAAAAUCUUAUGAAUGUCCUCACUGUGGGAAGGCCUUUAGAAUGAAGUCAUACCUCAUUGACCACCACAGAACUCACACAGGAGAGAAACCCUAUGAAUGUAAUGAAUGUGGGAAAUCCUUCAGUCAGAAGACAAAUCUCAAUCUACAUCAGAGAAUUCAUACAGGGGAGAAACCCUAUAUUUGUAAUGAAUGUGGGAAGUCCUUUCGCCAGAAAGCAACCCUCACUGUACAUGAGAAAAUACAUACAGGGCAGAAAUCCUAUGAAUGUCCUCAGUGUGGGAAAGCCUUUAGCAGGAAGUCAUAUCUUAUUCAUCAUCAAAGAACUCAUACAGGAGAGAAACCAUAUAAGUGUAAUGAAUGUGGGAAGUGCUUUCGCCAGAAGACAAAUCUCAUUGUACAUCAGAGAACUCACACAGGGGAGAAACCCUAUAUUUGUAAUGAGUGUGGUAAGUCCUUCAGUUAUAAGAGAAACCUCAUUGUCCAUCAGAGAACUCACAAGGGAGAAAACUUGGAAAUGCAAUAAAUGGUGUGAUUUCUUUGUGAAGCCUUUCCAAGUUAUUAUAACCCUUUAGUUUUUUUUUUAAAGCAUGCUUAAACAUGUUCAUAAGGUAACUUUAAUCACAAGUGUAAUGAGUUAUUUAUUUAAAUUGCCAUACCAUGUAACUAUCUGCUGUUUACUAGCAUAUAAAAUGGGUAUGAUCAUUGUUAUUGAAUGCUAUCAGCAAUGAAGCUAAUUUUUUAAGUUUUCAAGUUCUGCUGACUCAGUUUAUAAAAAAAAUACUUCUAUAAUAUAUCCAGAGGCAAGAUACAAAAUGGUUAUAAUCAUCAGUCUCCAUAAGAGAAAGAAAAUAGGAAGUAUAUUUCUCAUUGCAGUCUGUAGAAUAAAAAGUAGUUAUUACUUCCCCAAAGAUUACCACUUCUCUGGCUUAAACAUCAUGAAGUAGUUUUUGCAUGUCUUUAAACUUUAUAUAUAUUUUAUCAUACAUCGUGAAUUCUUUUGUGUCUUGUUUCACUCAACAUUUUUAAGAUUCAGACAUUAUUGCAUGUGGCAGUAGUGUAUUCAUUUCCAUUCUGUAUACUAUUCCAUUUUAAGAAUAUAAUGCUAUUUAUCUAUCCUCUUGAUGGAUAUUUGUAUUUUUUAUAAUUUUGUGUUGUAAUAAAAAUACUGCUAUAAA